UUCCAUGUCACGUGACCUCCACUUCCGUAUUUAAAACAUGGACCGUGGACACUGCUCGUUCAAGUAUUCCUUUUGAACGGGGCGAGGUUAGAUCAGAAAGCACAUAUAAGACAUUGGACACAUCGCUCGACUUUUUCUUCGAUUAUUUUUGCGAUACCUCAGAAUCGUGAUGCAUUGGACAGCGCUUGUGUUGGCAUCAAGACUCCUUGUGGCCACUGUCGCCUUGGACAACGGCCUCAUGCGGACCCCUCCUAUGGGCUGGUUGGCUUGGGAACGCUUCCGCUGUGACAUAGACUGUGAAAAUGACCCCAAGAACUGCAUCAGGCAAGUUGAUGCCAUUGGAAUUGUUCACCCAAUUAAUUCUAAAAGAUUCCUAACGUGUGUGUUUCCGUCCAGUGAGAAUCUGUUCACUGACAUGGCCGACAGGCUGGCAGAAGACGGCUGGAGGGAGCUGGGCUAUGUCUACGUCAACAUCGACGACUGCUGGUCGUCCAUGCAAAGAGACGAGCGGGGGCGGCUCCAGGCGGACCCGAAAAGGUUCCCAGGAGGCAUCCGCCGACUGUCCCGCUACAUGCACGACCGGGGUCUCAAGUUAGGUAUCUAUGGUGAUAUGGGCACACACACCUGCGGGGGCUACCCAGGCACGCCUCUGGACAAGAUCGAGGUGGAUGCUCAGACUUUCGCCGAGUGGGAGGUUGAUAUGUUGAAGUUUGACGGUUGCUAUUCAAAUGCAAAGGAGCAGGAGCAAGGCUAUCCUCGCAUGUCCAAGGCUUUAAACGCCACGGGCCGUCCUAUUGGCUACUCCUGCAGCUGGCCUGCCUACCAAGGUGGUCUGCCACCUAAGGUGAAUUACGGUCUUUUGGCCAAGAUCUGCAACGUGUGGCGUAACUACGACGACAUCCAGGACUCGUGGGAUAGCGUGCUGAACAUUGUGGAUUGGUUCUUUGACAACCAGGAUGUGCUGAUUGCUGCAGCCGGGCCCGGAAGGUGGAAUGACCCCGAUAUGUUGAUCAUUGGUGACUUUGGCCUCAGCAUGGAGCAGUCUCGAUCACAGAUGGCUCUCUGGGCCAUCAUGGCUGCGCCUAUCUUCAUGUCCAAUGACCUUCGCACCAUCAGUAGUGGCGCCCGCAGCAUCCUGCAGAACAAAAUGGCCAUUAGAAUCAACCAAGACCCGCUGGGUCUUCAAGGUCGACGUAUCCUGAAGGAGAAGAGCGGGAUUGAGGUGUUUUGGCGGCCGCUGUCAAACAAUGCCAGUGCCCUGGUGUUCUUCAGUCGACGCAAUGACAUGCCGUACCGCUACCAAACAUCCCUCGGCAAGUUGAACUACACUGCGGGUAUCUACAAGGUGUAUGACGUCUUCUCUGGGAAAACUGCGAUGCUCAAAGAUUCAAGUAGCUUCGUGGUGUCUGUGAACCCCACAGGUGUGGACAUGUGGUACGUCUCAGCCGCCACCAAACCGAAACCCCCCUCACGCCAGUUCUUUGGAGAUGACCGACUCGGAGGACUCGCCCGGGGUGACCUCUCCUACGCCAUUCCGCCCAUUUUUCUGUGAGCUUCCUGUUCCCCUAAGAUUUUACUGAACAGAUUGAACUGGAGGUGUAUUUGGAAGACUGAAGUUGACUCAGGGCCAGAGUAUUUGUAUUUUAUUAAAAAAAACUUUUUUUUAAUAAAGAGAAGUUUCUAUGUGAACCACUUUGAAAUCCACACACCUUAUGUUCCCUUUCAAAGUGGCAAUCUAUAAAGCAUAUAAAUAACA